AUGGGACGUAAAAAUGCCAAAACCCCUCAAAAUAGUCGUACCGUGAAAAGAUUUCAUCGUCAAACGAUGAAAAAAUAUUUAAGGGAUUUCAAAAAUGGUGUCACCGAAGCAAAACAUCGCGAAGAGCUUGAGAAAGAAGAGCAAAGGAUCAUUUCACGAAAUGAAUUGGGUAGUUACGUAUUUAACUUACGUAACAAACUUGAUGUAAAUAAACUAUAUAUUCCUAACCGACUCAACGAUGCAAUUCAAGAAACUAUUGCAUGGCUUGUAAGUAACCAAGAGGCGAGUAAGGAGGAAUAUGAAAAUAAACAAGGAACGCUCAAAGAAAUAGCCAACCCAAUCACGAGAAUAUUUUUUGGUGAAACAGACGUCAGUGGGAGUCGAAGAGGGGAUGCAGGAUGA